CCUCUCGCGGGCAACCUCUUGGUAUACCAACUUAGCUUUUGCGGGGGUCUUGGCCUUUCGCGAGGGUACUGUAUCAUGGUGUUGUGUGGCUGAGACCGUGGUGCAGGGCAGGGAGGGACGCGAGGCAGUCAGUGGCACCUCAACAGACUUGGGGCAAGUGCUGUUAGCGAGCCCCGAUGAAGGCCGAAACGGCACGCGAGGGGGUGGGUGGCCAGCACCACGCGCGGUCGCCGUUGUCUCCCUCGUGGCGUCAUUCAUACCCGCACCAGGUACUAAUUUAAAGCUGAGUUGACAUAGGGGAGGUCCAUGACUGGUACAGAUAAGUCACUGGUGUUGGCCGUGAGCGGGAAUCGAACUCGGGUGUCUGGGUUCGUCUCGAGGCGCGCGAACCGCAACACCACCGACUUACGAACAUGAGUCAGGAACGGGUCGUAAGUCGAGGACUGUCCCUCCCGUACCGGCCGUGGGACAGCGGACGAAUAAUUUUCACGUAAACUCUUAUUCUUCUUUAUAUGGUUGGUAAAUGACAAAUUAAAAAUCAUAGUUAAUGGAACCAGCCGCUCCAAUUUUUUGUUUUAUAUUUUUAUACAAAAAAGUAACCCCAGUUACAAAGCAAUUCCAUAUCCGCUCAACGGUAACACAGCCAAUGACGCCAUAUUUAAUUAUUUAUAAAGAUACUUCUUUACACCGACGCAUGUUAAAUGUUUUGUGGUAUUGGUAACAGUUAAUAAUCGUUGAGCAGAACCGUAAGAAAUCUAUGUUCAUCAAAAAAAUAAGCAAAUAUAAAUGCCUUUUAUAUAACUAAGCCGCUUCCGUUACUAGUGGAAAUGACGUCCCCAAUGUUAAUGUAAUACAGGAUCGCAAUUCGCUGUCCUCGAAAUUCGAAAAAGUAUUUCUUUAUCUGUACUUAAGGGGAUCUUUGACACUAUUAUCCAACAAACUUUAACCAGCCCAUCAUCAACAAAAUUAAUACAAUUUCAACUUAUAUUUUAAAAUAUAAAAUAUAACUUCCGCUCGAGAUUCGAAUAAGUCGGACGUGACGUCGCCUCUUCAAAAAAGGCGGGAAAGCGUUUGCCCACCCCACCGCUCGCACGGUCUGAGGGCAAAUCGCGUAAGCCGAUAAAGUUUUAAAAACCGAUAACCAAAUAAACAAACAAGGGGGGCAAUGUACAUCAAGUCGAUCGUGGUGGACGGCUUCAAGUCGUACGCCCAACGCACGGAGAUCUCCGACUGGGAUCCGCUGUUCAACGCCAUCACGGGGCUCAAUGGCAGCGGCAAAUCCAACAUCCUGGACGCCGUUUGCUUCGUGCUGGGCAUCUCCAACCUGUCUCAGGUGAGAGCAGCAAGUCUGCAGGAGCUGGUCUACAAGAACGGCCAGGCUGGCGUUACAAAGGCAACUGUCUCCAUCACGUUCGACAACCGUGACAGGAAACAGAGCCCCCUGGGGUUCGAAGGCCAUGCGGAGAUCACCGUCACCAGACAGGUGGUGAUUGGCGGCAGGAACAAGUAUCUGAUCAACGGGGUGAACGCCACCACGGCGCGUGUGCAGGACCUCUUCCGCUCCGUGGGCCUCAACGUCAACAACCCCCACUUCCUCAUCAUGCAGGGUCGCAUCACCAAGGUUUUGAACAUGAAGCCUCCUGAGAUCCUGGCGAUGAUUGAGGAGGCUGCGGGGACCAGGAUGUACGAGAGUAAGAAACUGGCAGCGCAGAAGACUAUUGAGAAGAAAGAGGCCAAACUUAAGGAGAUCAACGAUGUUCUGGAUGAGGAAAUUUCUCCAACACUGGAAAAACUCAAACAGGAGCGCACCUCCUACUUGGAAUACAGCAAGCUGUGCCGGGAGCUGGAUUCUCUCCGGCGCCUGGUGAUCGCUCACCAGUUCUGCACGGCGAGCCAGGGCCAGGAGAGCGCCGCUCUGCACCUCCAGAAGCUACGCGCUGAUGAGCAGGAGGCGCGAGAGGAGGUAGAGAGGCUGGAGAAGGAGGAGAAGAAGAGGGAGGGAGAGCUGCGGGAGAUGGAGAGGGAACGGGACAAGGAGGCCGGAGGGGAUCUGGCCCGUGUGGAGGAGGCCCUGACCCAUGCCCAGCGUGCCCACGCCAAGGCCCAGAGCACCCUGGACAUCCGCACAGAGGCCCUGGCUACGGAGCGGGCCCACAGGGACCAGCUGCUCGCGAACAUGCGGGAGGACGCCAGUGCCCGCGAUGCCAAGCGCUCCCAGGUAGUGGCGCUGGAGGCGGCGCUGGCGUCGGCGUCGGCAUGCUCCCAGGAAGCGGCGAGGGGCCUGCAAGAAGCUCAGGCACGCUUUGCGGCGGCCUCGGUGGGCCUCUCGGAGGAUGGGCAAGGCGGCCAUGCCGCCACGCUGGCCGAGCAGAUUCUGAAGUGCCGCCAGGAGGCCAGCCAGGCCCAGACUGAAGCUGCGCAGGCCCAAAUGAAGCUGUCUCACGUGCAGCGCGAGCUGCAGCAGCGCAAGGCGGAGGAGGGCCGCACCACGGAAGCCUACACACGCGACCAGCAGGCUCUGUCUCGCUUGAAGGCCCGAGCCCAGGGCCUACUCAGGGACAUGGCCGCCCUGGGCUACACGGAGGGCCAGCUGGAGAUGCUGCAGAAGAAGAUGAAGGAGCUGGCCGCGGAGGAGUCGGCGAUGAGGGAAAAAGUGGACCGGGCGAUCGCCAGCAUGCCCCAGCUCCAGUUUGAUUACCGGGACCCCGAGCAGGGCUGGGACCGUGGCCGUGUCAGGGGCCUGGUGGCGUCUUUGCUCCGCGUGGAGGAUCCUGCAGCCGCCACUGCCCUGGAGGUGGUGGCCGGGGGUAAACUCUACAACGUGGUGACUGACACUGAGCUGACAGGGAAGCUCCUGCUGGAGCGUGGCUGCCUACGGCGCAGAGUCACGGUGAUCCCGCUGAACAAGAUCAGCCCCAGCGUCACCCCCCCCAGCGUCAGCACCAUUGCGCGCAGCCUCGCGGACGGUGUCUCUCCCGCGCUGUCCCUCGUGUCUCCGCGCUCUCCCCGUGAUCUUCCUGCACUGGAGUUUGUGUUCGGCGCAGCGUUCGUCUGCCCGACGAUGGACGCGGCACGUGCCGUGGCCUUCCACCCUCGGGUGUCCACGCGGGCGGUGACGCUGGACGGGGACUCCUUCAGCCCGCACGGCACACUCACUGGGGGGGCACGGGCACAGGUGGUGAGUGUGCUGGUCAGAGUGGAGCAGCUGCUCACCCUGCAGGAUAAGCUGAAGGAGUUGGAGGAGGAGGGGAAGAGGAUUAACGAGGAGGUUCACACACUCACCAAGCUCGCAGAGAGGCACCGUGAGCUGCGCCAGCAGCAGGAGUUGGUGGCGCAGGAGGUGGAGCAGCUGCAGCAGAAGCUGGAGCUCAGCACUCACCACAAGCUCCAGACGGAGCUCGCCGCACUCGCCACCUCCAUCGAGGAGCUGAGUGCGGCGCCCGCUCUCUGCGAGGAGCGGAGAACGGCCGCGUUGCAGCGCCUCCACUCCCUGGAGGAGCGACUCCAGAACGCCGAGCGGGACCGGCGCCACGAGCAGGAGGGGGCCUCCAGCGCCCUCGAGUUGGCACGGGGGACAGCCCAGAAGCUAGCGGGGAUCGCCAGGGAGGCACAGCAGUCUCUGUCCACUGCUAGGCUGGAGGUGGAGGAGCUAGAGAAGGAGGCGCUGGUAGGGCAGCAGGAGCUGCAGAGGCUGGAGGCGGCCAUGCUCUCCCUGGAGGAGACCGUCCAGGAGCUUAGCGCCUCUGCUGAGAGCUUGCAGGCGCGUGUCUCCGAGUGCCAGCGCCACGUGACGGAGCUCCAGGAGGUGCUGCGUGCUCGCCAGGAGGCGCUGGGCGAGGCGGCGCGGGCGCUGGAACAGCUGCGGGCGCGGCGCAGCGCCGCCGCUCUCACCCUGACGGAGCGCGGGCACGCAGUGGGGCGACACCAGCGGGACGCCCUGGACAACGCAGCCAAGGUGGAUCGUCUGCUCAAAGAGAAUGCGUGGAUCUCCACAGAGCGCGCUCUAUUUGGCCGCCCCAACACGGCGUAUGACUUCGCCGCCAGCGACCCAAGCGAUGCUGCCCGGAGGCUAUCACGCCUGGAGCAGACACGCCAGCGGAUGGUGCACACCGUCAACGAGAGGGCCAUGAACCUGCUGGCCCAGUCCGAGGAGAAGUACGUGGACCUGAUGAAGAAGAAGCGGAUCGUGGAGAACGACAAAACCAAGAUCUUCAGCGCCAUGCAGGAGCUGGAUCUCAAGAAGAACGAGGCUCUUAACCUGGCCUGGAGACAGGUGAAUGGAGACUUCAGCUCCAUAUUCUCCACGCUGCUGCCUGGCUCCCAGGCGCGUCUCACUCCCGUGGAGUCCUCUUCCUCCUCCACCUCCUCGCUGCUCCAAGGCCUGGAGUUUCGUGUGGCUCUGGGCUCCGUCUGGAAGGAAAAUCUGAGCGAGCUGAGCGGAGGCCAGAGGUCACUGGUGGCCCUGUCCCUGAUCCUGGCCAUGCUGCUCUUCAAGCCGGCUCCGAUUUACAUCCUGGACGAGGUGGACGCCGCUCUGGACCUCUCCCACACCCAGAACAUCGGACACAUGCUGCGCACUCACUUCCUCACCUCGCAGUUCGUGGUGGUCUCUCUCAAGGAUGGGAUGUUCAACAACGCCAACGUGCUCUUCAAGACGCGCUUCGUAGAAGGCGUUUCAACGGUGACACGGCAUACCAACGCCUCCACGACCUCUCGACCAGCAGCCCCCUCCUCAUCCUCCUCUUCGAAGGGAAGGGGAGAGGGAGAGGAGAAAAAGGCAAAGAGAGGGAGACUGGGUGAUGAGUAGAGGGGAGAGAGGGAGAGGAGAGGGAGUGGGGAAGAGAGAGACUACUGUCCCAUCUCUCGUGUCUGUUAGAAAUCCAUGUGGUAUAUAUAAAUGUAUCGUCAUACGACAUCUCUCCUAGAUUUGAAGUUUUCGUGACUGCAAAGAUCCAAACUCUUUGGUUCUUUCGGUAAAGUCACGUAGGUAAAAAUGAAAUAAAAUACAAAUUAAAACUAAACCUCUCCUGUCUCAUGGUGUUAUUCGUGAGAAAUCAGCAGGGUAUCUGGAAAUGAAUCGCUCUCAUGUCCGUCGUUGUGGCUAUGGCUGUGUCUAAUGAUGUCCGCGGCUAUAAUUACUGCUAUAAGUGUGGUAUCUGUAAAUGGAUCGAUCACUUGACAUCUACUGGUCUGUAUCUCCAGUUCUGUUUCUCUAGUUAUUUGAAAUCCGUGUGGUAUCUGUAAACGGAUCGCUGUCUUUCUCUCAUUACGUCGCUUGUUAUUAAAAGUCAAUGGGAUAUCCUAAAA